AUGUACCUGACGAGUGGCUUCUUUAAGCAAAAACCCAAUAAGAUUCUCUUCCCAAACUCAAAGCUUUUCAAGCGGGGAGGUAGGGACCUUUCUGAGGCUGAGCAGAAAGAGGUUGAGGACCUCUUCCAGAAGUUUGGUUACAACGUUUACCUCAGUGACCAGAUGCCCCUCGAUCGAACCAUCCCAGACACACGAGAUCCCAGGUGUCUUCAGAAGAGAUACCCUUCACAACUCCCGUCUCUCAGUGUCAUUCUCAUAUUCGUGGAUGAAGUUCUGUCUGUUAUACAAAGAGCCAUCACCAGCAUCAUCAACCGGACGCCCUCUCAAUUGUUGAAGGAGAUCAUCUUAGUGGACGGUUUUAGCUCAAAUGGAGAAUUAAAGGCAUACUUGGAUGAGAAGAUUAAGCUUUACAACCAGAAGUCUCCAGGACUACUGAAAAUAAUACGGCGUACCGAGAGAAAAGGUCUUGCUGCUGCUCGCAACACCGGCAGGGAGGUGGCCACGGCUGACGUGGUUGCCAUCUUGGAUGCUCAUGUUGAAGUGAACGUUGGGUGGGCAGAGCCCAUCUUGGUGUGGAUUCAGGAAGACCGCACCGUCGUUGUGUCUCCUGUGUUUGACAACAUUCUUUUCGACACCUUUAAACUGGAUAAGUAUGCAUUAGCAGUUGACGGGUUUAAUUGGGAACGAUGGUGCCACUAUGAUUCACUGCCAAAGGCCUGGAUUGAUCUGCAUGAUGUCACCGCUCCUGUGAAGAGUCCUUCCAUCGUGGGCAACCUGGCUGCCAACAGGCUCUUCUUGGGAGAGAUUGGAUCUCUGGAUGGUGGGAUGCUGACCUAUGGAGGGGAGAACGUGGAACUUAGACUGAGGGUGUGGCAAUGCAGUGGGAGAGUCAAGGUCUUGCCUUGCUCCCGGGUUGCCCACCUGGAGAGACACCACAAGCCCUACUCCUUGGACCUGAGUAUUCCCUUGAAGCAAAAUGCCCUGAGAGUGGCUGAAAUCUGGAUGGAUGAGUACAAAGACAUGGUCUACAUGGCCUGGAACACACCUCUCCAGAACUCCGGAAUCGAUUUUGGAGACGUUUCUUCCAGAAUAGCACUCCAGAAGAAACUGAAAUGCAAAACUUUUGACUGGUAUCUGAAAAAUGUUUAUCCAGUCCUGAAACCAAUCCACAGCACUGCGGGCUACGGAAGAAUGAAAAACCCAUUGGAUGAAAGUGUCUGCCUGGACCAGGGUGCUAUUCCAGGCAAGCCGAUCAUGUAUUACUGCCAUCAGUACAGUUCCCAGAAUGUCUACUACCACCUAACUGGGGAAGUCUAUGUGGGACCACUGAUUGCUGAGACAGACAUUGAUGACUGCUGUCUGACAGACCCUGGCAAAGGGGAGAAACCUACUUUAGAGCCAUGUUCCAAGGCAGUCAAAAAUAGACUGCACAUACACUGGGAUUUUAAACCGGAAGGAAGGGAAGAGGCUGGCACAGAGGUCCAGGCCAGGAGACCUACACCUCCACUUCUGAUAGUGGCUGGACAAAGAGGGUCCGGACCCUCAACUUCUCCAGAAGAUGAGACCCCCUCCGGUGGCCUCCCACGGGCCAUGACCAGGCUGGAAAAAGCUGGGACCAGACCCACCGGCAUUUAA